AAAGCAUGUUGGACUUCCGUGGGAGAAAAGUUGGAACAUUCAUGGUUUAUGAAUCGUCGUACGGCAUAUACGUGCGUAUCCAACCUCUUACAAAGUGAGUGAAAUGUUGAGCGGCAGCAAGGAGACGCCACGAUGUAGAGCUGCCUAAUCUGAUUCACAGUGCUGAAUUCUCUUUCUCCGGACGAUGCGGAAAAAGUGGAAAAAGCAAGGGACGCUGUGAGCGGAGAAGGUGCAACUGCGCCCAGGCCUCUAGAUCCGAACUGUAACUCCCGCUCGAACCGUCAUUGAUUCCAAUUUUAGUACGAACCUCUUCAGAGGACGAAGAAGAAGAUGGUAUACGGACAUUGCAAAUCCGAAGGGUGCACCUCCAGCUUGAAGCAUGGAAGAUUAUGGCACCUGCACGGUUCCGUGGAUUCCUGGAGAAUUUGAAGUUCGGCUAAAAGACUAAGAAGAAACAGGCAUUUGACCCAAGACGUACAAGUCAUCAAAACUGUCGUUGAAGGAACUACAAGGCAUCGAUCGAUCGAAGCUGUAUGUUAUUUCGAGAAUGGGUUAGUCAUCCGGCACAGUGUCGGGCAAGACGGAAAAUCUUAUGCACCCUUGUAGAAUCAUCUCUGGACAUCGGAAGAAGACGAACCGAGAACCUACCUCGCGACAAUCCAGAAAAGUUGUAAAAUCAGAGCAGGAGAGCUGUGAAGCACGCUCAGCAUCAUCAUCAGCACCAGUCACACGAUACCGAUCCAAAGGAUGGUCGAGGAGCGCGACAUGCAAAUCUCAGAGGCCGAAUCGCAAGCGAGCUUCGUUCCGAAUCGACGAAGAGAAUGCAAUGCAAGGCUGAAAGAAACGCGACGAUGAGGGCCGUGGACGACGACGCGGUGCUCUGAAGGAGGGUCGCAGCGAAUCGGAGCAUCUGGCAAUCAGAUCGCGCAGCAGAGUGUAGAGGGGAGGGGAGAGGAGCAGAUCGGAAGGGAGCGUCGUCGCGAUGGCGGCGGUGUCGGGCGCGCGACGGUUCACGAUGACGACGGCGCUGGCGGAGGUGGCCGCGAUGGAGGCGGUGCGGCGCAUCCCCAAGGAGCUCGACAAGUACCUGUACAUGCGGCACAUGCACCACGAGAAUCCGGCGCUGUUCUACAAGCUGCUGAUCAACAACGCGCAGGAGCUGCUGCCGGUGGUGUACGCGCCCACCGUGGGUCAGGUUUACCAGGACUACAGUAAGCUGCCGAUCCACAUCCACGGGCUCGUGGUCCGGCCGGAGCACCGGGGCAGCUUGCUUCGGCGCCUGCGCGACUGGUCCGGCGGGCACCGCGUGCGCGUCGUGGUGGUGACGGACGGCGAGCGCGUGCUGGGUUUGGGCGACCUGGGCUUUAACGGCAUGGCCAUCGCUGAGGGCAAGAUCCUGCUCUACACCGUCAUGGCCGGCGUCAACCCCGCCGUCUGCAUGCCCUGCGUGCUCGACGUCGGGACCGACAACGAGCGCCUGCUGGCCGACCCGACCUACAAGGGCCUGCGACAAAAGCGACUGCGCGGUCAGGAGUACGACGACCUGGUGGACGAGUUCAUGGCCGCCGUCAAGGCCCUGCACGACCACACGCUACUGCAGUUCGAGGACUUCGGCAACCGCAACGCCUUCCGCCUGCUGGACAAGUACGCGCCACUGCAGUGCUCGUUCAACGACGACAUCCAGGGCACGGCGUGCAUCGCGCUGGCCGGCGUGCUCUCGGCGCUGCGCGUCACCGGCCUGAGCAUCGAGGACCAGCGCAUUCUGGUGCUCGGCGCCGGCGAGGCCGGCACCGGCGUCGGCCAGCUGAUCUGCAAGGCCAUGCGCUCGCAGUCCAAGCUCUCGGAGCCCGAAUCGCUGCAGCGCUGCUUCUUCCUCGACUCCAAGGGCCUCAUCUGCAGCUCGCGCUCCGACGACCUCCAGCACCACAAGCUGCCCUUCGCCCACGACGUGCCUUUCAUCGACAACCUCCUCGAUGCAGUGAAGCAGCUGAGACCCACCAUUCUCGUCGGAGCAUCCACUCAGGGUGGAGCCUUCACUAAGGAGAUCUGUGAGACCAUGGCUCAAAUUAACGAGAGGCCCAUAAUCUUUCCGUUGUCGAACCCCACGACGUGCUCGGAAGUUUCAUACGAGAACGCAUUCAAAUGGACCAAUGGCAAAGUCAUCUUUGCCAGCGGCAGUCCUUACGAUCCUCUGAAAGGUCCGAGUGGCAAGAUGCACCAUCCGGCACAAGCAAACAAUGCUUAUAUCUUCGGACCCAUGGGCAUGGCUGCUCUGUUGACCCAUUGUCGGCAGAUCACGGACGAUGUGUUUCUGCAGGCGGCAAAGAUAUUGGCCGGUUUGACUCCAGCUAAACAUCUCGAAACUGGCAUGUUGUUCCCGACCAUCGGCGAAAUGAAGGGUUUGGUGGUAACUCUGAUUUCUGGUAUCGCUGAGUUCAUGGUGGAGUCCAAGCUGGGAAGGAAACCAGCAGCUGCGGCUGACUGGCCUGAUUACAUCAGGUCUCAGAUGUAUCAGCCUGGAGUUGCUCCUACUACGGUUGUAGAAGCACACCAUGCUGAUACUCGAGAGCUUUUAACGAUCCGCCACAUGUACACUGAUAUUCAGCGUUACUUAUUCCUCCGACACCUACAGGACGCAAAACCGGACACUUUCUGGAAGCUUAUCAUCAACAAUGCGCAAGAGCUUUUGCCAUAUGUCUACACGCCCACUGUUGGAGAAGCUUGUCAAGAUUACAGUAAACUCCCCAUCGAGACUCGAGGUUUGUAUAUAAGACAAGAAGACAGUGGCAAGAUUCUGAAGAAGCUGCAGGCGUGGCGACACCAGGAAGUCAAGGUUAUCGUGGUAACAGAUGGGGAGAGAAUUCUCGGGCUUGGCGAUUUGGGAUCUGGUGGGAUGGGCAUCAGUGAGGGGAAAAUUAUUCUGUACACCGUCUUUGGCGGCUUAAAUCCCAAGCAUUGUCUACCAGUGUGCAUAGACGUGGGCACAAACAAUGACAGCCUGAUUCAAGAUCCCCAAUACAAGGGGAUCGUACAAAAGCGACUUCGUGGGGAGCCGUACGAUAAGCUGAUACACGAGUUUGUCCUGGCUCUUCAGAAGUGGCAGCCCCAUGUGCUUUUGCAGUUUGAGGACUUUGGCAACACCAACGCCUUCAGGCUUCUGGAAAAGUAUCAGAAAGUUUUGUGCUGCUUCAACGAUGACAUUCAGGGAACUGCUUGUAUCGCACUGACCGGAAUCUUCUCUGCUCUUCGGAUCACAGGGAAGAAGCUGGAAGACCAGAAAAUUCUAAUAUUGGGAGCAGGCGAGGCAGGCACGGGCAUCGGCAAAAUCAUAGCUUUAGCUCUAACGCAGACAUGUAAUAAACCCAUGAAAGACGCUCUGAAAUGUUGUCACUUGGUCGACUCAAAGGGUCUGGUCUGCAAGUCAAGGACAGACCUACAGCAACACAAAUUACCGUUUGCGCAUGACGUAGCGUUUCAACCUGAUCUUCUUUCAGCUGUGAAAUCUGUGAGGCCCACGAUACUGAUUGGAGUCUCCACGAUCACAGGGGCGUUUAACAAAGACGUGCUAGAAGCCAUGCGCAGUUUCAAUGCCCGGCCUGUAAUAUUUCCUCUAUCCAACCCCACUUCGAAGGCCGAGUGCACGUUCGAAGAAGCAUACAAUCACACGGGAGGAACCGCUGUAUUUGCCAGUGGCAGUCCGUUCCCAGCGUUUAAAACGAAACAAGGGAAGACUUUAUACCCAGCGCAAGCCAACAAUUCUUACGUUUUUGGACCGAUCGGCAUGGCGACUGUUUUGACCAAGUGUAAAACUAUCACCGAAGAGCUGUUUUUGAUGACCGCGGAGCUCCUCGCGGGAAUCACUCCCGAGGCCCGACUCAGCUCAGGAAUGCUUUUCCCGGCAUUUUCAGACAUGAAGGAAGUUGCACCCCACCUCAUUGCUGGAAUCUGUGAGCACAUUGUGAAGAGUGGUCAGGGAACGCAGCCUGCGGAUGCAACUGACUGGUUAGACUACGUGAAAUCACAUAUGUACAAACCUCCCGAUGAUGAUGAAUGAAGACACACCAAGUUCAGUUCGUGCUUGAGUCGUGUCUAGAUAAUCUGAAGGUAAUCACAUCAGCAGAGCUCGAAUUGGAACCAUUUGAGAUGGUGGCCUAUUAUUCAUUUCGGAGGAUCUAUCCCCGAUUUCAUGGGCGCCGCCGCGGUUCACAGCAAGAGGUGGGGUCCGCAGUUAGAGAGAUGGGAGACAAGAGUGACCAGGUGAAAGAACAUAACCCAUCUCCAAUUCUUUGAUAUAUUCUGAAAUAGCGCUCCAUUGACGAUCAUGGCACUCGUCGAUUUCUAAUCAAAUGAUAUCAAAUGAAAGAAUUCUUGGCCAUGCAUUAGUGGGAGUAUAGUUCAGAACUCUUUCUGUUGAAUUGAGCCCCCAGGCAGCAGUUUAGCCGCUUGGCUGCUAUUUCUCAGUGUGUACAAAUAGUUUUUACUUCUUUCGGCCAUUUCAAUUAUCUAUGAUUUACUUCCUCGGAAAAGCAGUAGAGGUUUUUCGUCUUGAACCCAUCUCGGAAGAUAUUGCUACUCUUUCAAAUCCUCACAACAAUCGCACUUUUCGUUUGCGCAUGACCAUGUAGGGUCAGCGCGUCCACAGGGAGGGAAUUAUAGCAUAGAUAUGAUCUCGCCAGGGUAUACCUGAGAAGAGAAAACUGAUUUUCGAAUCCUCCACCAUUCUUGUUAAAUAUCCGCUCUGCUUCCAUGUGUCCCAAGAGUUUAUUAUUCAAAUGCCUCGUAUCGAAACUUAAGUGUGUAAUCAAAUAUUAAAAACAUAGAUUUCUGAUCUCUGAAAUCAAUAGUAAGGUAUAUAUUUAAAUAUCAAGUUGCCUGGUGUAAUUUCAACCAAAACCAUGCAAUACAAUCAGAAAAUUUAUAUAGUACAUGGCUAAUGUACAAUCAAAUCCUAGUCUUCUGCUUCCCAACUAAAAAACAUGAGCUGUAACUUGAUAUAUGGGUUGAUUUAUGAGAUUAGAAGUCGAACUAAAGG